AACUUCAUUCCCUUUUGUUCUUCAUGUCGCUACUUCAACCCAGCUCAAGCGCAACCCUCUGCGCGAUGCAGAGGGUACAGCAGCACAGCAGUCGCAAAGCUUCCUCACCCACUGCACAACUGCUUCGCUCCUCGCGCCUCUUCUCGAUACCAGAGCCACUCCCGAAACCUUCAACGUUCAAGGCCAAUGGAAGAGGAUCUCCAAAUGCUACGCUGCCGUAUCCGGUAUAUCAAGCCAUUGAGGCACCUCUUUCCUCCGCCUCCCGGGGUGAUUAUGGACUGAAGCGACCCCUACCUCUACGCAAACUUCGUCGGACCAGCUCUCCUGUCGUUCGACUCGUUGAAUUGGAUGCAAUUGAAGAUGUAACUGAUUAUGAGCUCGCCUCAGAUCACGUUCAGACCCUACAUAAGUUGCAAGAGUUAGGAUUGUCAAUUUCCAAUGGCCAGCGAUCUGGGACUUUCCACAGCUACAGCUCAAGCAAAAGAGCGACGGAUUUGAAUGCAUUUGACGACCUUGUGGAUGCAUCGCACACUCCAAUUCUCAAGGAGGAAGACUUCAGGAAAUAUCUACACAAAAUCUUUGCGGCGAGACAUCUAGUCAUGCGACAGAAACGCGCCUUGGAAGGCGACGCUCAAGAGGUAGAAUUCACCGAGAAAGAUUUCCAAGCUGGCCUUAAGAAACUGUGCGAGGAAUUCCAAAAACAGGGUAAAAAGUCUCGGUUAGCAAGAUACGUGAAAGAGUUCUUGUCAACACAAGUCCCAGAAUUGCUUGGCGAUGAAAUGCGCGCCGAACGCACCACGCAUGCAUCCGCAGGUAUUUCAUAUCUUCGAACCCACAAGUACCUCGAAAAUCACCCCACUCUGGGGCCUCUCGAGCAUCGAACUCCUGUAGAGGCUAGAAUUCUUCGAAAUGCUAAUAUGCCGGGAUGGGCUACAUCAUCUAGGGCGGCAACUCUUGGUAUCGCCGGUGUAGCAAUUCCUCGAGCUUCGGGCGAGAGCCAAUUCAGGGGCCCGAACAGCAAUACCUUCGAUCCUACUGUUCAAGGCGGUCAGAAAGUUCUUGUGCAUCCCACUCGUAUGGGCAUUAGGCCGGAUGGAAAGAUAACGAUGAACUGCGACCAGGCAGAUCCUGCUGCAGAAAUCAUAAGAGAGGGUAGACUACCGCCACCAAAGAAAGCGGCCUCAAACACGCAUCGAGACAGUGGAGCGAGAAUGCCAAACCUGGAUAUGCUAUCGACACCACGACCCCCGACACGACAGGAGCCAUCGGGACAACAGGUUGGGUUGGAUUAUGGGCUGGGAGCUACAAGCAGCCGCCCCCCGACUUCGAAAUCUGAUCCGUUUCCCGAUGUGGAUUGAUCAUUGAUCUCAGGGGAGCAUGCAUCCAGAGCGGAGAAGGUAGCAUAAAACGAUGCUUCCGUCACGUUUGUAUAUUAUCUAUAGAGCGGGGAACACGCUGAAUUGUCAAUAAUAAAUUCAUGUCUAGGGCCCACGAAUGCCCAAAGUCGAAGAUAGCAUCCGCUUUACAUGGUGAAGAAACAAGAAUGUUAUGUAUAUUGAUGAUGGCCAACG